GGUCACUUAUCGGAAGAGAGUCAUGCGCCUUAUUGUCCUCGGAACUAAGCGGAGGUUAUAUAAUUAUCACGGUUUCCGUCUGGAUCAUCCGCUCUUUCUCUGAUGCUUACUCUUUUAAAGGGAUUUGUGGAAUGUACCUAUCAAAUACUCGACUUCCUCUAAUACAUUUACACAAUUCGUAUUAUCACCUCCCUACCAACCGUCCGCAUGAGUGCCGAACCACCGUUCGUCCCAGAGACGAGCGUCUUAGCCGUCGCCAGCCAUGUAGGGAAAAGCCAAUGCUUCUAGCAGAACGUAGGCAACAAGAUCGCCGUCUUUGCGCUACAGUCUAUGGGCUGCGACGUCUCCGCCAUGAAUACCGUGCAGUUCAGCAACCACACGGGUUAUAAGCAAUGGAAGGGCACGCGCGUGUCGGCGCAGGAGAUCACGGAUCUGUGGGAAGGUCUCAAGCAGUCAUACCUCGAUAACUUCGACAUGAUGCUCUCGGGGUACGUUCCCGGGGCAGCCGCCGUCGAGGCAGUCGGAAACAUCGGAAAGGAGCUCAAACACAAAUCGAAGACUCAGAAACCAGGAAGUUUCUUUUGGGUGCUGGAUCCGGUCAUGGGUGACAAUGGCCGCCUAUACGUCGCAGAGGAUGUAGUGCCUGCGUAUAAAAAUCUAAUACAAUAUGCCGACCUUAUCUUACCCAAUCAGUUCGAAGCCGAGCUCCUAUCUGGCGUGAAGAUUACCGAUUUUGCCUCUCUUGAGAAUGCGAUUCGAGUUCUACACCAAGACUUCGGCGUCCCUCAUAUCGUUAUCACAUCCGUGUCCUUACCGUCCGUCAACUCGUCUCCUUCUACGGAGACAACCCGUACUAUGUCAGUCGUGGGUUCGACCAUGACCUCGGACCGACAGCCCCGGCUCUUCAGGAUCACAUUCCCAGUGUUUGAGUGCUACUUCAGCGGAACAGGGGACAUGUUCGCGGCACUGAUGGUAGCCCGCAUGCGCGAGGCGGUAACCAACUACGACAAGCAGAGCGGCGGGAAUGGAAACAGUCCCCUAGUGGAAAGGCUCUCGUGGCUUAGUCCCGACGACGUUGAUGCUCAGGACCUGCCGCUCGCGAGGGCAGCAGAGAAGGUCCUGGCUAGCAUGCACGAGGUUUUAGAUCGUACAUGUGCGAGCUUAACGGCUGAGAUGGCGGAGAAGCAGAAAGACAAAAAUCUAGACGAGAGGGCAUUACAUCUUAUAAGGUCGAGGGCUUCAGAACUGAAACUCGCGAGAAACCUAGGGAGUCUACGCAAUCCCAAGGUGGAAUACCGCGCGGAAAAGGUGUAAAUAAAUUUAGAUGUUGCAUUGAGAAAAGGGGCAAGGCUAGAUUUAUGGCAUAUAGGCAUGUGGGCAUAUACUACAUCAUAGACUAGAAAUGUGACUAGAUAUCACUAGAA